UCGAAAAAAAGGCCAUGUUUUCUCGCCUCCUGCUCCUCUUCUGAUGGAUCUUCAACCCGCGACGCUUCAAAUCUCUCUCCCCAGGAGGGAACUCGCCUACAUCGUCUCGCUCCUCUUCCUCUUGAUCUCGUCCGCGUUCGUCUUCGGUCUCCUGAGCCCCCCGGGGCCCGGCUCGUUCGUGCGUUCCGGUUUCCUGUCGCGCGUCCUGCCGAAACCUUCCGCCCGGGGAACGUGCGAUUACUCGAGAGGCAGGUGGGUGAGGGACGAGGAUCGCCCGCUUCUGUUCUACAACGAGAGCUGCCCGUUUCUCGACCCGGGGUUCCGGUGUCGCGAGAAUGGACGAAGAGACGGCGGCUACGUCAAGUGGAGAUGGCAACCUGACGGCUGUGAGCUUCCAAGAUUCAAUGCAAGCAAGCUCUUAGAAUGGACGCGAGACGGAAGAAUUGUGUUUGCCGGAGAUUCCAUCGGACGAAACCAAUGGGAGUCACUGGUAUGCAUGCUUUCACAAGCGGCAUCCAAAUCUGCCAUAUACGAAGCGAAUGGGAACCCCAUAACCAAGCACAAGGGUUACCUCUCCAUGCGAUUCCAGGAAUACAACCUCACCGUCGAGUAUUACCGAGCUCCAUUCCUGGUAAUGGUCGGACGCCCGCCGCCGAAUUCAUCUAGCUUGGUGAGAAGCACAGUCAGGGUCGACGAGUUGCAUUGGUAUUCGAAGAACUGGGAGGGCGCAGAUGUCCUCAUCUUCAAUGCCGGGCAUUGGUGGAACGAAGACAAAAUCGUUAAAGCGAACAGCUACUUCCAGGAGAAGGGAAGCGUGAACCUGACGAUGGAUGUCAUGGAAGCCUUCAGGAGAUCACUACAAACAUGGAAAACAUGGGCACUGAGCAACUUGGAUCUCCAAAGAAGUCACGUUUUCUUCCGUGGCUAUUCUCCUGUUCACUACAGGAAUGGGACUUGGAGUGAAAAUGGUACAUGCAACAGCAACAAAGAGCCAGAAACUGACUAUACAAAACUGGAAGCCGAACCGCUGUAUAAUUUGUACAUUUCAAACACGGUUGGUGAGAUGAAAGACAGAAAUAGGAAGGUUCAGUAUCUGGACAUCACAUUUCUGUCAGAGUUCAGAAUAGAUGGCCAUCCAUCGGAACAUCGUGAGCCAGGCACCCCUGCUGAUGCUCCCCAAGAUUGCAGCCAUUGGUGUUUACCAGGAGUGCCCGACACUUGGAAUGAACUUCUGUAUGCUCACCUUUUGUCAGUAAGAUUCCAUGAAAUGUAAUUUUACCAAAGAAUCGAAGAAUUGCCCAAGUCGAUCAUUGGGGCAGAAGCUAUCAUGAUUUCAAGAACUGUACAAAAAGACAAAAUUCAGUUCAAGCCGCUUCUUCCACA